AUGAGUUCUGAACGAUCAAUAUCGCCUGAUCCCUUGCCACAAUCUCAUUCCCGUUCGAGUUUAAAUGCUACUGAUGAAAAAGAAAGUAAUGGACAUUCGGCUCGACAAUCAUCGGCCGUACAAAGACGUCGCCGAGAUAAUCCUAAUCGCACACCUUCACCACGUUCGGCAACGUCGCGUUCACGUAGUCGUAGUUCUAUAGAAGGUUCCAAGUCGCCACCGCCCCGCAAUAAUACGAAUAAUAACAACAAUCAUCGCUCUCCGUCACCUCCGCGUCAUUCAAGUUCAUCAACGAAACGACGCCGUCGAAAAGAUAGCGAUGCUGAUUCUGGUCGACAUAUUUGCGCCAUUUGCUCAACUGAUGUCGAAGCAGCCAAGCGCCUCUUUGGUGUCUUAGACAAUUGCGAUCAUGUUUUUUGCUACGAAUGUGUCGUGUCGUGGAAACGUUCAAAGUAUAGUAACGCUGAAUCGGAAAGUUGUCCAGUGUGUAAAAUUCGUUCAGCAUUUAUAACUCCAAGUAAACAUUGGUUUGAGAACAAAGAAGAUAAAUAUCGCAUCGUGAAAAAACAUAAGAACCAUUUAAAGACAUUACCUUGCCGAUAUUAUCUUCGUCAUGGAUUUUGUCGAUACUCGGAUCGAUGUUUCUAUGAUCAUCAUGAAGCGGCCAAACAAUACAAACAACAAAAUCAACAUUCAAGAGAUCGAGACCGUGACCGCAGUCGUGAUCGAGAUCGCGAUCGUGAACGUAGUCGACACAGUCCACACAAUGGCGGUCGAUCGUAUCAUCGUUCACCAUCGCCCUCAUCAAGUCGACACUCGUCAUCACGUUACCGUGAACGAGCCUAUUAA